UAUUAUAUUGAUGAGAAAGGACCACCUAUUCCAGUGAUCUAUAUUGAUGAUGGUGAUGAGCUUGAUAUGUUGGAUAGAAACCAAACCAGAAGAAGAUGUCAAAAUGAAGUUGCUAGUUUCGCUGG